AUGACUCCAGAACUGAUGAUAAAAGCAUGUACAUUUUAUACUGGACGUUUGGUAAAGACCCAUUUUUGGUCAGAAUAUGUUCUGCACAAUCUUGAUUAUAUAGUAACGCGGAUACAACAGAUAUUCUGUUGUCACAGGCUGACAAUUAUCCUAAAAAAAUGGCGGGAGAAAGCAAUAUAUAAGAAUCAAAAGAAAGAAGAUGAAAUGUUGUUAAAACAUGAACUUGAAUUGCAAAAGUGGAAAGAUAAGUUAAAAUUAAAAGUAGCUUCUAAAGACGCAUCCAUUUCUCCUGAACUAAGUUUUUCCGAAGUCUGUUUUGUAGGUGAGACUCGAGAAUUUGACAUUUCAUUAUUACCUGACAGAGCAAUAUCACAGAUUGAUUUUUCCACAGUGAAAAAUAUGAUUACAGAUAAACAUGUUGUGUCUACUUUGCAAAGGUGGCGUCUCAAUGUGCUGCGUUUGAAUUUUCGUGGCUGUCUUUUCCGACCAAAAACUUUCAGAUCUGUUAGCCACUGUAAGAACUUGCAAGAGUUGAAUGUCUCUAACUGCUCAACACUCACGGACGAGUCAAUGAGACACAUUUCUGAGGGCUGCCCGGGGGUCUUGUUUCUCAAUCUGUCUAACACAAAUAUCACCAACAGGACGAUGAGACUCCUGCCAAGGCACUUCCACAACUUACAGAAUCUUAGUUUGGCUUAUUGCAGAAAGUUCACAGACAAAGGCUUACAGUACCUGAACUUGGGGAAUGGAUGCCACAAGCUCAUCUAUCUGGACCUCUCCGGCUGCACCCAGAUUUCAGUUCAAGGCUUCAGGAACAUUGCGAACAGCUGCUCUGGAAUUAUGCAUCUGACCAUCAACGACAUGCCAACUCUGACAGACAACUGUGUAAAAGCUUUGGUUGAAAAGUGCCUUCGUAUUACAUCAGUAGUUUUCAUUGGAGCACCACAUAUCUCCGAUGGUGCUUUCAUAGCUCUUUCUACUUGCAACCUCAGAAAGAUCCGAUUUGAAGGAAAUAAAAGGAUUACUGACACAUGCUUCAAAUUUAUGGGUAAGAAUUUUCCAAAUAUGAAUCACAUUUACAUGGUGGACUGCAAAGGAAUAACAGACGGUAGCCUCAGGGCACUUUCACCUUUGAAGCAACUGACCGUGUUGAAUUUGGCAAAUUGUGUAAGAAUUGGUGACAUAGGAUUAAGGAAUUUUCUUGAUGGUCCUGCGAGCAUAAAUAUAAGAGAACUAAAUUUAAGUAACUGUGUGCACCUGAGUGAUGCCUCUGUUGUGAAACUAUCAGAGUGCUGCCCUAAUUUAAACUACUUGAGUUUACGAAAUUUUGAACAUUUGACUCACCUGGGAAUUGAACAUAUUGUAUACAUCCUUUCCUUGGUAUCGGUAGAUCUCUCUGGAACAGCCAUCUGUAAUGAGGGUUUGAUGACACUUUCCAGACAUAAAAAAUUGAAAGAACUUUCUCUAUCCGAGUGUUACAGAAUCACUGAUGCUGGAAUUGAGGCAUUCUGCAAAAGCUCACUGACCUUGGAACUCUUGGAUGUCUCUUAUUGCUCCCAGCUGUCAGAUGGUAUUAUUAAAGCAUUGGCCAUUUACUGCAUUAAGCUCACGUCUCUCAGCGUUGCUGGCUGUCCAAAGAUUACUGACUCAGCGAUAGAGAUGCUAUCAGCAAAAUGCUGUUACCUGCACAUUUUGGAUAUCUCUGGUUGUGUCCUGCUCACUGACCAAAGCCUUGAGGGCCUUCAGAUAGGCUGCAAACAACUCCGGAUCCUUAAGAUGCUAUACUGUGGACAUAUUUCCAAGGAGGCAGCUCACAGAAUGUCAUCUGUAGUUCAGCAGCAGGAAUAUAGCUCUAAUGACCCUCCACGUUGGUUUGGAUAUGAUUGUGAAGGCAAUCCUCUUACAGAGAAUCAGGAUAGAACACCAUCUAAAGAGGUCUUAGAAUUGACACUGAAAGAGUCCCUACUCAGUAGUGAAGAGGAAGAAGUAUGA